ACCCUAGAAAAACAAUUGAUGUUGCAGAAGUUAAUGGGAAGCCAAUUAGUAACGGGAUCCACCUUUUUCUACACAAAGUCAGACUUAGGGAUAACACUACUAUGUAGUACACAUAUUCCCCUGUCUCUCUGUUCAAUUACUGCAGAAGCAGCCUCAAACAAAAACAUCAUUAUACUACUGCGACAAUUGCUUAGCAAGCUACAUAGAACACUACAAAUCCACGUUAGAUGGAAAAAAGGACACAAAUGCUUUUCUAUAUUCUAGCAAAUUACAAAAAACAAAAACAAACUAACAAUGAGUGCGGGAGCCAACGAAUGCAUCAAAUGGAACAGGAAGAAACAUCAAAGGACGGUCGUUGUACCUUGAACACGAUGAAAUUGAUUUCCUUGAGGUAAGGCUUUUAAAAUAGCAUAAACAUGCCUGCAAAAAAGAAAUUAGUACAUCAAAAGCAUGCAUUCUCUAACUUGUUUUCAUGAAUGCAGAGUGGAUCAUGUUCUUAUACAGAGCUUCUACAUGGUGGGUCAUUUUCUUACACUGAGCUUCUACAUGCACAAAUGUAUCAAAGUAUGACAAAUAGCAUGGAAUGCGAUAGAACUGACCUGGACAACAAAUUCAACACACCAGAAGCAGGAGAAGAUAUCCAUUCAGAACAAAAUGAAUCACCGGCAAAUCGAGCGGGAGCAGAAAAUCCAUGGAAUAUCAGUCUAUUUGACAGUAUGGAGUUAGAUAAGGUGAAUGAUGAGCAAAACUAUCAACAACCAUCUACAUUUGCAAGAGAAGAACAACAGUUGCCCAGCAAAGAAUCAGAAGACACUCCAGCAAGUGAGAAACAGAAUGGCACACACAAUACAAGACAAGGACAAGAAGAAGAAUUCCUAAAUGAGGAUGACAUUCAGAACUUCUUAGAAAAUGAAGAAGCAUCAGCUAAGGAAGGAAACUUAAGGAAUGUCGACAGUGUUACAAAACCCGCAGUAGGAAUGAGAUUCAAGAGCAAGCAAGAAGGCCAGGAGUUCUUUAAUUUCUACUCACAUGUGGCCGGAUUCUCUGUCACAACAGUUGCUGUAAAGAGGACUAGCAGUAAGCAGAGGAACAAUGAGAUAACACAAAUCACCAUGAAAUGCAACAAACAUGGGAAAACAAAAGAGGUGGAGGCAGAAAGUGUAGUUCCAAUCAGGAAAAGUACAGUAAUAGCAAAGACGAACUAUAAAGUAGUUCUGGUACUAUCAGAAAAAGAAGGAACUUGGGAAGUGACAAGAGUUAACUUGGAUCACAACCAUGAGCUAACACCAAACAGCAGAUUCUUCAGGUCACACAAGUAUAUGUCUGAUGAAGAAAAAUGCUUGAUCAGGACUCUGAAAAGAACAAAUCUAGAGACAAGGAGAAUCAUGGCAAUCCUAGCAUAUCUCCGGGGAGGAUUGGCAUUGCUGCCAUACACAAAAAAACAUGUAACGAACUAUGCAGGCACAAUCAACAGAGAAGUGACAAACACUGACAUGAUGGAAGUAGUUCGCAUGUUCAACAAGAAACAAGUAGAGAGCCCUGGAUUCUAUUAUUCAUUUGAGUUGGAUGAAGAAAACAAAGUGAGGAGCAUCUUCUAGGCUAAUGCAAAGUCAAGGCUAAUGUACGACAUAUGUGGAGACUGCAUCAGUUUCGACACUACUUUCCUAACAAACAAGUACAAUCUGCCCUUCGCACCAUUUGUUGGAGUGUCACCACAUGGAAACACCUAUCUAUUUGCUUGCGCAUUCAUAGUGGAUGAGAAAGCAAACACCUUCACUUGGCUAUUCAACCAAUUCUUAACAGCAAUGGGAGGAAAACAUCCUAUAUCUAUAAUCACUGAUCAAGACAAAGCAAUGGAUGCAGCAAUCAGAAAUGUAUUUACAAAAGCAAUACACAGAGUUUGCUUGUUCCACAUAAAGAAGAAAGCAGAGGAGAAGGCAGGACCUUGUUUCCAAGCUAAUGAAGGGUUGUAUGAGGACUUCCAGGACAUUAUAGACAACUCACUCACAAUUGAAGAGUUCAAAACAAACUGGACAGAGAUGAUAGCUAAAUAUGAAGUUCAACAUAUCAAGUACUUCAAUGAUAUGUGGGAAGCAAGACAAAAGUUUGUUCCUGUGUACUUCAAAGACAAGUUCUUUCCUUUCAUUCAAACCACGGCGAGGAGCGAAGGAACAAAUUCAUUGUUCAAGAAAGGAGUUGGGGCAAAAUUCAGUGUUACAAGUUUCCUAAGAGAGUAUGAUAGGAUAAUAGAUGUCAUCCAAGACAGGGAACAAGAGUGUGAUCAUUUAUCAAGGAACAAGAAGGUUGCACUGAAGAAAUUUGGUCUAAGUAUGGCAUUGAAAGACAAGUGCAUGAACUAUACAACAUAGGCAUAUUCAGGAAGUUUCAGAAAAAAUGGAAGACAAAACAAGGCUACAUAUAACAGAGCAUGAGAAGGACAGGAGCUAUCUUGUGUACCAAGCCGAGAACUAUCCUUUGAAAGAGCGUCGAAAAAACCAAUACCUAGUGCAAAUGGACUUGAACUAUGAAGAAUACUCAUGCAUAUGUUGUGGAUUCCAGAAAGAUGGGUUACUCUGCUCACACAUACUGAAAGUGAUGCUCCAUUUGAAUAGGGAAAAGAUACCAGAGAAGUAUAUAAUUGACAGGUGGAGGAAAAGUGACCAAAAGAUACAUUCAACUGAUCCACCUCCAAUUGUGGCUGAGAACUCGACACUAAGGUACAAUGUUCUGCAGAGAAAACUAGUAUAUGUCUCAUCGAAUGCAUCAAAGAAGAAAAGAAAAUACGAGUACUUCCUAAGAGAAAUAGAUAGGAUACAAAAGAGGUUGGAGGAGAUGGAUGAAGAAUCAGAAAGUGACAUGAAUGUCCAGAGUGGAUCUACUAGAACAGUGACAGCUGUAGCUACAAACAUAGAAGCAGAAGAGACUACAUCCAGGAUGAACAUACAAGACCCUGAUGUUUCUGCUACAAAAGGCCGCCCUAGGAUGCUAAGUAUCAGAGAAGCUAUCAAACAGAACAAGUUCUACAAAUGCAGCCAUUGCCAUUCUGACAGGCACACAAUAAAGAAUUGUACGAACUUGGAUAAAGAGUACAAUCUACAAAAGAGAAGGAGAGCAAAACAGUCAAACCCAAGGAAUGUAAAGAAAGGACAGAAGACACAGAAGAAGCAGAUGACUGGAGAAGAGAAAGUAACUGAAGGAAGAUCAGGGAUGCUCGAUGAACCGUUCCUGCAAUAGGGACAAAAUCCUAUAGCUAGAGAUGACCAUUUGGAAGACAGAGACACCUAGGGGGCAAGAAGCUACUGGUACAAACACAAGCGAAAAAGAACUGAUAUAUAUGGGCAUAACUACUUUUGUAUGAGAUUGGGUACUGCCUAUGUAACGAACUUUUCAGUUGUGGAGAAGUUUUUGUAAGAACUGAUAAAAUGUUAGUUACUACAUGCUUGAGUAUCUUUCUAAUUUUAAUGUCUGAAGAGUUUCUUAAACAAUUUAUCCUAGAGAACAAUGUAGUGAACUGAAAGCAAGACAUAAACCCCAAUAUAUAAAAUGGUAAAAUGGCAAGGUACAGAAAACAAAACUAACCUCUGAUACAGAGUUUGAGAAAUCAUCAGUAGACCGUCAAAAAUUAGUAGCUUAACCUGCACAAAAAUAAAAUAAAAAAACACAACAAAAUGUGGAGAAGGAUAGGGUGAGAUACAAGAAACAAAGAUCAUUAAGAAAAAAAGUGACACCUCGAACAUAUUAUUAAGAUCAAUAAGCAAAAUAAAAAGCAUACUACUAGUGUCCUGAAAAUAAGUAUAGAUCAUUAAGAUCAAUAAGCAAGAUAAAAAAGCAUACUACUAGUGUCCUGAAAAUAAGUACUGUCGAGCAACACCAACAUAGACAUCGCAAAAAAAACCCAGCUUACAAUCAAAAUGGAACAUACUAUCACUACUAAAAACAUAACACUACUAUCCACAACAAAUGCAUGAUAACUUUUCUUCAAACAACAUGCUAAUGAAAAAAAAAACCAGCCACCACUCCAGCUAUGACUACACGUGUCCUAAACAUCAGUUGGCAUUGUCUUCCAGCUAUGAAUACACGUGUCCUAAACAUCAGUUGGCAUUGUCUUCCUACAAAAAAAAUCAAAGAAAGCCAGACUAGUAAAAAGAAAAAGUAAAAGUAAAAAUGAGGAGACAAAAAAACAAUACAUGACAAGGAAAAUAAAAACAUACAUGAAGAAAGAAAUCAGUCACAAAAGAUUUGUCGCAGCUGUUCAAGGGGCUGAAGAACAUCUCAUUUGCAUAUCUGAUCCUAAGAUUUAAAAUGUCUGCACUAGAGAAAAGGUUUGCCAUUUGGGUUCCUGGUGUGAAUAUCUCCAUAAACUUGAAUGUGAAGACACCACCGUCAUCGCUGAAAAAGAAAAAAAACAAAUAAGAAAUAGAAGCGUAGCUAUCAUAAAUCCUAUAUAGAAAAACAAAACAUAAAAAGCAAAAAUAAAAAAAUACCAAUUAUCUUGCGUAGGAACAGCUGGAUAUAGCACAUCAAAGGAUUCGAAAGCAAUCCUUCUAUUCAUCAUAGGAGUGACAAACUCAUGCCAAAGACUAGUGAAAUUAUUAACCUGUGGUGGAACUAAAAAAU